AUGAGGACUGCUGCGGCCUACGGCUUGGAGUUCCAGGCCCGAUGCAUCGCGCCGUUUUACCACCCGUCGAAUGGAAACGUCGAAUCCCACCGAUUUCUUGUGGGAACGUCUUGUUUUUCUGGUGACAACAAAAUUUAUUUGCUCGAGCAUCACGACGAGACGAAGCUGCUCGAGUGCAUGACAGUUUGGUUCCAUGAGGAAGAGGUGUGCGGGCUGUGGAGCUCGCCGUCCUUGACGGAUCCCAGUCUCUUUGCCAUGAGCUCGCCAACCGCGACCCGUGUCUUUCAGGUCCCGGAGACGCUUGCAGGCGAGCUGCGGGACGUCACCGCCUUUGACGUCGUCGCCUCUCAGGUCCUCUGGGACUUGGAUGGGCUGCAGAACGAGGUACGGCUGACGUCGCAGGAUACGCUGCGGAUGUACGCGCUUGACGAAGGGAGAUUGGGGAAGGAGGUGAGUUGCUUCCGCAUAGACGGAAACACACGAAUCAACUGCGCUGCCGUGGACGCACAUCACACCUCCGUGUGUAUGGUGGCCUGUGAGAAACUCGGUUUGUAUUUGAU